GAUUCUCACGUGACGUUCAUAGAGCUAGAGAGUAGAAAUAAGACGGUCGAUGUCUCUCUGAUCGUGUCCCUAUUUUGUCGUCAAAAUGGCACUUAGUGCUGGUGGAAAAGCGUUUUACAACGUAACUAUCCUAGGUGUUGCGUUCUUGCUGGUUUUUACAGCAUUUCAAACAUGUGGAAUGAUACAGACUGUUGUAUUACGGGAUGAUAAAGACUUCCAAGGAAGUGGCUAUGACAGUUUAGCUAUCAUCUACGCUGUCUUUGCCGCAGCCAACUGGAUAGCGCCCUCUGUUGUUGCUCUGCUUGGUGCGAGGUGUUCCAUGUUCCUAAGUGCUGUUGUGUACACGGGGUUCGUCGCCAGCUUCCUGCAUCCGAUACCAUGGGUCCUGUACUCCCUCUCUGGACUAUUGGGCUUGGCUGCUGCAGUUAUCUGGACGGCCCAAGGGAACUACCUAACGGAGAACUCCACUGAGCAGACGAUGGGGAGAAACAGCGGUUUAUUCUGGGCCAUGCUUCAGGGCAGUCUCCUUUUCGGAAACCUCUUCUUUUUCCUUGAGAUGGAAGGCAUCAAUUCAGUCACUACUCACCUGAGAACAAUCAUUUUCAUCGUUCUGACUGUCAUCAGUGGAGUGGGAGUGCUGACGUUCCUGUUCCUCACCAAACCACCCGAAGAGUUCAGUUCACUCUCAAUUCAAGAAGAAGGACCAACAGGUGGUUUUGGGCUUUUAAUGAAAGCAGUAACAGCAUUUGUUCGGUCGGCCAAGUUGAUGCUCAACAAGGAGAUGCUGAUUAUCAGUGUGACAAACUUCUACACAGGUUUAGAGCUGACUUUCUUCAGUGGUGUCUAUGGGACUGCAAUCAGUAAUACCAAAUCAUUUGGAGCAGACUCAAACAGCUUCAUCGGUAUCAGCGGUAUGCUCAUAGGGGCUGGAGAAAUCACAGGUGGCUUGCUGUUUGGUAUACUUGGCAAGAAAACGAUAAAGUUUGGCCGAGAUCCCAUCGUUCUGCUUGGCUAUGUGGUUCACAUGAUUUGCUUUUAUCUCAUCUAUAUCAACCUGCCCGCUGAAUCGCCUAUCAACCCAGUCUUCCCAAGAAAUGGUGUACCGGUAUCCAUCAUAGGACCAAACAUUGAAUUGGCCUUUGCCUGCUCCUUUAUGCUUGGCUUUGCUGAUGCAUGCUUCAACACACAAAUCUACUCACUUCUAGGGAGCUACUUCAAGUCUGACAGUGCCUCCGCCUUCGCUCUCUUCAAAUUCAUUCAGUCUGCUGCUGCUGCCAUUGCCUUCGCCUACAGCCUCGUCAUCUUGCUCCACUGGCAGCUCCUCAUCCUGGUCGUCUGCGGAACAUUGGGGACGCUCUCAUUCUUCUACGUGGAGCACCAUCCACCCAGGAACGAGAUCUGAUAUCAGGCACUCCAGCUUAGUGAUUUGGAAGACUCCCUCUCAGGCGAUGAAGAGUACAAUGAAGUAGAUAAAAUUAACGUAUUGCCAUCUAAUGACAAUGAAUUACUUAUAAAUGAUACAAAGCUUUAAUCAUGAUCUGGGAUUUUAAUAUUAAAAGAAAAAGCCGUAAAAUGGAAGUGCAUUUGUACAAAAUUCUAGACUUUUAUAAUUAUCAUUCCAUCAGUGUGCUUUAUCUUUGAAUGUUAAAAUAUUUUGUGGAUCACUCAUGAUUUCUGCAGUGAAACCAUAAGUAUUGUGGCAAAGUUAAUCGUAUUCUAUGAGAAUUUUAUAACAUUUUUAGAGCAACCUUCUACCAUUGAAUCACUAACCUGGAGUUAUGCUGUAAAGAAAAUUGAAUCUCGAUUAGAUUUAUAAUUUUAUCGAGUCAUUGGCCAAAUAUAUCAAUUAUGAUUCUUUAAUUUUCAAAUCAUUCAAAGGAUUGGAGAUAACUGAAAUUUAGAAGAUGUUUUCUGUGCAAUGUACAAAUGAAUUGAAAGGAUUAAAAGAAAUUCCUGUCAAUCGUUAGAACUUCCGUUUCAUUUUGCCACAUAAUAAUUACCGGGUAUACUCUAUCCUCAGAAUGACAUUGUAAUACUUCACUGACCAAAUAUGAUUUAACACACUAUGCUAAAGUGUGGUCACUGAUGAUAUUGUCUGUUUGCAAGAAAAAUGCCUUUAUUAGGCCAGUAUUUAGAAUCAAUAAUACAGUAGCGGAUUGUGCAAAUUUGGAAUUGAACUGGUGAAUAUGUUCGUUAUAUCGACACUAUGGGUUGCAUGUUUCGGUAGACAAAGAUAUUCAGAAAUAUAUUCCAGAACAUGUUGGUAGAUAGGAGGAAGAUUUUAAUAUAUAUAGAGAGAAAAGGAUAGGGUAGAAGAGAGAGAGAGAGAGAGAGAGAUGGGGGAAAAGAGAGAGAGAGAUAGAGAAAGAGGGAGGAAAUCGAUUGAACUGAAUUUGAAUUAUUACGUGACUUUUUGUAUUGAGUAAAGAGUAUAAUUUUACAGAAAUCAAAAGUUUUGUGUGACCUACAGAAAGAGACUGCCUGGUGUGUACAGAAAAACAUAAAUCAGUUUCUGACAGUAGACUCUGCCAUACUUUGUUCGCUUCGAACUUGCAUUAUGUAUAAUGUCACCACAUGUACUUAUAUUUUACAGGUGUUUAUACACGAUUUCACCGAUUGAAGUUUGAUAGUGUCAAAAGAUUUGUGAGCAACUAAAGUCUUUCAAAAAUGUUCAUGUGAAUUUACCACCUGCAUUCAACUUUUUUUGUUUGUCGAAAGAUAAAGUUUUGGCGAAAUUCAUGUUAAAAUGACUUCCAAUCUAAUUGCACAUUCUCCCAUUCUUAUCGUUCAUUUUCUUUUGUUGUGUUUGUCCGAUAUAUAUGUGUUAUCACAAUAGGUAACUAACAACUCUGAUCUUUUGAGAACUUGUUCCUGUACAUUGUUCUUUAUAUUUCUAUUUUUAUAUGCAUAUUCUUGGGGAGAGAGAUUUACCUUCAAUGCUCGAGUUACAAAAAAAAAUAUUACAAAAAUAAAUAAAUCAAGGGGUAUGAAUAAUUUAGUUGCAUUACAUUAUGUAGGUGCAUGAAAUUGGCUAUUUCAGCAGUAAAGUAUGUUUCUAGUGAUUGUGUAGCCAUAGGAAAUUAGGAAUUGGUAUACUAAUCAGGAAAUCUUGCCAUUUUCACCUGAUUGUGUUUAUUCUUGUGUCCUGUGCUUAUUAGACUUACAACAAAUUAAGCCUUUCUGGAAUCUUUUUAUUAAAAAAUCUAUUUAACACAUAGUAUUAUCAAAGAAAACAAUGUCAGUAGUUAUAUUAUUUUGGAUGAUGAACCUGUGAAAAGAGCGUGGGAUCUGGAAGUGGAUGUCAUAUUAAAGAGGGAAAGGAAGACCGAAGAUUUCUUGGAAAGAUAUGGUGAAGAAAGAAAGCAUAAGGCUGGCCUAAACAAAAAGAGGAUGCUCAAGACGAGAAGAAGUGGAGGGAGGCAGUGUCAUCAUGUCCGAAAGUCAUUAACCCUGUCGCCAGAGGGGAAUCCUCACUUGAAAAUAGUGAUGAUGAUGGAUGCUUCCAGUAUCUGAUUCAAUAUUUUGAUUGAAUUAUGUACAGACAUUUCUAUAUUAAAUAGAUCUAUAUGAGGUUACUGGAAGUACAUGAUCAUCUUUCAAUAUUAAAGGCAUCCAACUGUUUCUUUUGAAACUUAAUUACCAGAAAUCCAAAUUAGCAAGAUUUCCUUUCUUAUAUGUUGUAUCAAUAUGAAAUAAAUUAAUAUCUAGUGUAAAGAGUAUUUUUAUGAUUGUGUAAGGGAAGAAAUAAAUUAGAUGAUCGUUUUAAUUACUUA